CGAAAGACAACAGAUUGGUGCCGGCUCCCACGAGCACGAGCCCAAGCUCAUGUGUUUUAAACUCGUAUCGCCGGGCAUGAAUGAAACCGAACGUUUCAUGUUGUACAAGCUGUAUUAUGGACUGAAAUACGACUACAUAGUCUGUAGUAGCAUUAUCGCAUUCACCGAGUGAAAUUCCAAGUGCAGUGUUGAUACUCCAACGACAACGACUUCACGAUACGACUACGAAGAUAAUUCCAAUUUUCCGACAAUACACAUAACACAGCGCUCACUCACCCACUGAAACCCGACUGAUUGUAAUGAAAUUGUGACAUAACAAUGAAUACAAUGCUUUGAUUAAUAAACAUUUCGUUAUGUACCAAUAUUGCAAUACAUUGCCUAAUAACAGUCGAAGCGGGUUUUGAAGUUACUUCGGAGAACAGCAAUGAAGUGAGGUGUAGGCGAUGACAGCGCGAGAGGUGGAGUUGGCCGGCGGGGCACCAUGGGGCUUCCGCAUGCACGGCGGCGCCGAUCAAAACCAGCCGCUCAGGAUAUCGAGGCGAUACAGCGACAUAGUCGAGCGCUCCCUCGAAGUGAAUCCCGGUCGGAAGGCGUCACUGAGCGGCAUCCGGGAGGGCGAUGUGAUCUCUUCGAUUAACGGACAGCCCACGAAGGGCAUGACCAAUUCAGAUGCUCACGCGAUGCUGCGCUCCGCCGGACCAGUGUUAAAGCUGGGGCUUAAUGAGGACAGGGAGAUGUCACCGCGAAGAAGAUCCAUUGGCAAAGGCUCCGAGUUGAAAAGGCCUUCUCAACUAGUAGCCGAAGUGCAAAAAGCUACACCUCAGGCUCCAGUAUACGCAACCAUACGACCUUCACAUUCACCUCAAAGUCGACCCUUAUCUUCAAGCAUGAGAUCCUCGCUGAACUCCCUACCUUCAGCUCUUAACUCAACGCCACUUGUCAAAUCUGUUGCGUUUACGGAAGAAACACCUAGAUUUCAUCCAACCAACCCUUUUUAUACAAUUCUUCCUUCGAACUAUUCAAGUGCUUCCAAAUUACCCAUACCAAGCGGUAAAUCUGCAUCCACCUUAGAUAGAAACAAAAAAGAGUCGCCUUUUAAUGACAUCACUACAGAUCUAAAAUCACCAUCAUAUUUCACUAAAACUAACGAAGGUCAAAACAGCUUGCAAUACUAUCAAAACAGUGAAAACAUUAAUGGGUAUGAAUCGGAAAAAUCUACUGCCACUAACACUACAGAUCCAUUUAGUAACGAUCAGUAUGGUCAAAGAGAUAAUCAAAGUAUUCCAAACAAAGUAAAUAGUAAAAACCCGUUUGAAACGAAAAGGAACAAUGAUCCUUUUGAGAAAAUUCUUGGACAGGAAACUCUGAAUGGGAAACAUGACAACGAAACGUCUUUGCCUGUGUCACAGAGCGAUCAUAAUUUUCAUAGACGCGAAGAGAUUACUAAACAUUCAGUAAUGGAGCAUAAGAUCAGCGAAGUUGAAGAAAUAAAAACGAUAAAGAAAAUAAUACUUAACGGUUCAGAUGAUACGACUGAUUAUCAAGAACAUAUUAAUAUUUCACCGAAAAAGAAGGAUUUUAAUUACACGCCUCAGGAAACUCGUCAUGAAGAGUUUAAAAACUACCAUUCUAGCUCCCAUAGAGAGCGGAUAACGCCAACUGAUUAUCAAAAAACUAUCAACGUUAGUUCACAGAAAAAUACUGACCUUAGUUACAAACCCGAUGACAGUCGUUACAAUGAGUUUAAAGAUUAUCAAUCCACUUCUAAUAAAGAACUUGUAGCACCAUCGCCAACGCAACAAAACAAUAAUAACUUCAAUUUAACAUUAGAUAGAAAAGAAGAAUGUUAUAAAAACUGCGAUACUUCGAUAUAUCAACAAUACAAGCCAUAUCGACCGAGGGAAUUCGGCAAUUCUCCUGCAGCGGAGGCGUCGGAGGUCAUCGCCAGCAAACCGCCCGUGAAGUCGCCGUCUGCGCCUGUGACGGCCCCCAGCCCCACACCGAAACAGACCGUCAUGAUCGCUCCGACGUUCAAGGCGCGUUCUACUUCUCCAGCGGUGUGGAGGCCGGGCGUGCCGACGACGCCCCCGCCUGCGCCGGCGGCGCCUACGCCGAUCCCGGGUGCCCCCCCGCCGCCGCCACCACCGCCCCCAAUUUGGAGCCCCAGCAGCGGUGGUCCGUCGCCACAAGCACCUCGCAAGAGUUUCCGACCUGUGCACUUCGAAGAAUCGCCACCCGCCCGCCGUAAAUUUGCGAGCGCCGAGCAGAACGGUGUUACCAGUGGAUCAGAAAGCGAGAGUCGCCUUCGAACUUCGUUCAGUGCCCCUGCAUCAGGGUUGAACUCCUUGGGUGGGUCGAGCAGCCGCCUUCCACGAGCGCAAAAUCCUACUGUUACUCUGCUGCAAAAGGCACGGGAAGGUCAAAUACCUAGAGGAUCGAACUAUCUGCAGCAGGAAAGAGACGGUGCUCGACUGCCGCGCGAUCGCCCCUCACCACCUAGAGGAGAUCCUGUGCAUGCAUUACGCAAAGAAUACGCUAGCGAAGGAGAGGCGGACCGCAGCGACUUCGAUCGUGGGAGCCUUCGGAAAAUGGCAGAUGCCCACAGAAAAGUAGAAGGAAUCGGGCCCAUUACCAAAGAAGGCAUGCCAGUCACACUCAGAUCUGAAGUCAAGGACCCUUCGAAAUGGUACAAGAAAAUGUACGAUACAAUUCAUAAAAACAAAUACGAUGACGAUUAUGUGACUAUUCGAUACAAAAAUCGCCGAGGUCAACCACCUCAACGUGUGACAAACAAAUCACAGUACGCAUACUUUGAUCCUCGAUCGGGAUACCUCAGCGAACCUGAAGGAGGUCUCAGCAGACUGGGCUAUAGCACCUGGAGCGACGCUUAUGACAGUGACGUCACCACCGGACCAAGAAGACGAACUGCAUCUAUGCAAGAAGACAGAAAGAACGAACCCGUUUCGCCUUAUUUGCCUAGUAAUAAAUAUAGCACGUUAGCCUCAGCAAGGGCUAGUCAAGAAGUAUAUAAAAACCAGCCUGGGCGUAUAGAAAACUAUGUUCCUGGCAAAUCUUCGGUAGUGGACAAGGAAGCUAAACAGUGGUGGGACGAGGUCAUGGACAUUUUUGACGGGCAAAACGUAUCAAGUACAACAUCGUUACCGCAAGGGUCACCUAAGGAGAAGAAAGAUCUUACAUCUGCAAUAUUAUCGAAAUCAAAUAUGGCAAGGGCUUUAAAAGAAUCAGGUUACGAGUCAGAUUCAACUUUAAUAUUUAAACGAAGAGACGAAACUGAGGCGCCAUUGUCACCUGCAGAGAGACGAGCUGCUUAUAGAGAUCUUCAGGCUGGUGGAGAACCGCCUUUAAGAGGAUUCCGAUCACCAGCUCCACCUAGGCAAGAGACCAACUCAGCCCCGGAGCCACCACGACGAGCAUUCUACGGAAGUAUAUCGGAUACAGAAUCUCCGAGGCGAUACGUGGAGAGCGAUGUCAAUAUCCACUACCGGUGCCCGGUGCGGCACGAUCCGCUACCUCUGGUCCCCGAGCGAGAGCUGGCUCGUCAGCAGGCCGAGCACAUGAAGCGGUUGUACAGAGAACAACGCCGGAACAAAUACCUACAGGCAAGUUUUUUUCCUAUACUUUUUUACAACAGCAGUGCAACACUCUUUUUGCGAUCCAUGUCGCUACCUAGUUUAAGAAAUACGCUCAGUACGGUUGACGAUCGUCGAAGGAAUGGUUACUCGAACCGUGGUAAUGAAGAUGACUUGCCGCACGAAUUCGCAUCACGCCGAUUCGCAGUUUUGUGUUUCGACCCGUUUGGAUUUAAACUUUUACAAAGUUGCUUUAUAAUUAUAAAUGUUUCAUAUUUUACCACAAUAAUGGUAGGUUACACCGCGAAACCUGCGCAAGCUACGCUGACGCCAUCUGAACGAGGGUAUGGCCCUCCGACGGGCCCUGGAGUCGAUCUAAAUAACACGGAGCCUUUGUAUGUCGACACUAAUGCCGAAGCAGUACCAUACCGAGCAAUGUACAAGUACCGACCGCAGAACCCGGACGAGCUAGAACUUAACGAGGGUGACACAGUAUAUGUACUAGAGCAGUGCGACGACGGAUGGUACGUCGGGUCCAGUCAGCGUACGGGUCGCUUUGGCACCUUCCCAGGUAACUACGUGGAGCGCAUCUGAUAGCGCGAGUCGUCGCUGCUGCGGCGACUGCGUCGCGCAACACUCUGCGCGCGCCGUCGCCGCGUGCGUUAAUGGCUACUGACAUCCCGUCUUGUGUCUUCUAUUUAUACUGUGACUCAAUGCUGGCCAACGCCAAAGAUAGUUCAUUCAUUAGUUGAUUACGCGAAAUGUGAAACAUUCAAUAACGUAUUGUAAUAGCUAACUAGUGAAUUUGCUAACUUUGUGACGCUCUUAUAUAAUUUGGUGCCUAAAAGUCGGCAAAACCAGCUCUCGUUUUGUAGUUUAAGUGUUUGUACAUAGACGGAAGCAGCGAGAAAUGUCAAGACUCGUGCGUUCUACGGAACUUAAGCUUGGUGCACACUAACUGAAAUUCAGCUGCGUAAUUUCGGCAUGACCGCUAUGACAAUAUGGUGAUAUCUGUUUAGGGAAAAUUGGAACGGGCUAUAAUUACCCCGCUAAAUUUCGGUAAGUGUGGCACAAAAUUUAGAUUAGUAAGCGCCUGAUUGUUGUCAAAUACUAUUCAUAAUUGUAAAUGUUACUGGGACAAUAUAAUUGUAUCAAAACCGUAUAGGGUAGAUAGUGGAACGAUCUAACGAUCAAAUGGCCUAUAUGACAUUUGUGUAUAAUUAAGUAAUUAUACCAAAUUAUACCAUGACAUUUUUAUAAAUUUUGUAAAAAAAAAGAACUUUGUAUCGUUAGAUUAUUGACCUCCGUGCAGCCUUGUCGUAUAUUUUUCUUCAUUAAUAUUUUAAUUACCAAAGUAUAAUGUUAACUUUUUAACACACGUCAUGGACACUAACUAACAGUUAGUUACACUUUUACCCAGUAAUUUAUCAUUUGGGCGUACAGUGUCCAAUAUUAUGUAAAUGUCCAUUUUAAUUUAUCCAAAGUUGUCUAAGCGACCCAAAGAGUAUGUCUAUCGGAUAAUUGUGUUGUUGUAUAAUUGUAUAAAUAUUAAAAAAAAAUUAAUAAAAAUAAUUAUACCUGUAAAAUUUUAGUAUAGUUAUUUAUUUAAAAUGUAGAAGUGAAGAUAUGAGCUCGUCUUUUAAAAGUAAAAUUUUAAAAGAGUGUAGCCAGCACGCGUUUACUAACCUGUCUUGUUACUAACCUCUUCAUUGUUCUAUAUAUCGGCAAAAGUCAAACUUUGAAAUCAAUCAAUAGAUAUCAAAUAAUAUUUAUCAAAGUUUUGACCUUUUGUGACAUUGGUUAGAUUUUUCAACGUACUAACUCUAGCACUUCUGUAUUACAAAUUAAAAAAUCUAGUUACCGAAGAUAACUGUGUUGAUUCUGUUGAUGUACAUGUAUACGUACAUAACGUACGUAUGCCUGCUUGACAUGUCUAUAAAUAUUGCUUUUAAUUUUUGGAACCAACAGAUUUUACAGUUACACAAAUAGAGGAGCUUCGGUACAAAAACCCAAUCUGCUAAAUUUCUAUUCUAAUUCAUAGUCUCAUUGAAUGGAUUUGUCGCAUUUUGUUCAUAUCCAUACACGUGAAACGUUAUUUGAAGAAAAAUUUAGCGGUUACCUUCAGGUUGGAUAAAUUAUUCAUAGAAACAAAGAAUAACUACCUUUUGGCAUCACAAGAAAGAACAAGUUAAAAUGAAGACAGGUUUUCGGUCUUUGUUCCGAGGCUACUAUUUUGCUAUACGAGUAUGACGUCAAAUCUGCAAGACAUUACAUAAUAAUAAUUGUAAGUUUUUUAUAAAAAAAACCUACCUCAAAAAUUUGUGGAAAUACAUCUAUUUGCCAAGUUUCAUAGAAAUCGAUUACCGGAA